GACAUUGCGUGAUGACGUUGCGUGCACGCACUGAGGCGCGCAAGGCGCCAAACUUGGACGCUGACGGGAGAAGCGGGGAGACGGCGGGAGCGCACCAUCUGUGAUUGUGCAGGACGAUGGCUGUACCAUUUGUGGAAGAUUGGGACCUGGUGCAGACUUUGGGUGAAGGAGCGUAUGGCGAGGUUCAACUGGCAAUUAAUCGGCGAACAGAGGAAGCAGUGGCAGUGAAGAAAGUGGACACCACAUGCGCUCGCGACUGCCCUGAUAAUAUCAAGAAGGAAAUCUGCAUCAAUAAGAUGCUGAGCCACACAAACAUUGUCCGCUUCUAUGGGCAUCGGAGAGAGGCGCACAUCCAAUACUUGUUUUUGGAGUAUUGUAGUGGAGGAGAGCUCUUCGAUAGAAUAGAGCCUGAUGUGGGGAUGCCGGAAGUGGAUGCUCAUAGGUUUUUCCAGCAGCUGAUAGCAGGAGUGGAAUAUCUACAUGGCAUUGGAAUUACACACAGGGACAUCAAGCCAGAGAACCUGCUACUUGACGACAGAGAUAACCUGAAGCUCUCUGAUUUUGGCUUGGCGACAGUUUAUAGACACAAUGGCCGGGAGAGGUUGUUAAAUAAAAUGUGUGGCACUCUACCGUAUGUUGCCCCAGAACUUCUGAAGAGGAAGGAGUUCCAUGCGGAACCGGUGGAUGUCUGGUCCUGUGGAAUUGUUCUCGUUGCCAUGCUGGCCGGAGAAUUACCCUGGGACCAGCCUGCUGAGAGUUGCCAGGAGUACUGUGAUUGGAAUGAAAAGAAACUAUACUUGACACCGUGGAAAAAGAUCGAACCUAUCCCACUGAGUCUACUGAACAACAUUCUGACACAAAGCCCAAAGAACAGAACCACUAUUUCCGAUAUUAAAAAGGACCGAUGGUUCAUUAACCAGUUUAAGAGAGGUGUGAAGAGAGGUCGGUUGUCAUCUGGUUGCCCUAAUGAUUCUCAGGGACCGUUCUCUAAACAGAUUCAUUCUAACGUGGACCUGUCCCCUGCUAGUGAUAUCCCCUGGAGGGAUAAUCAAACAAGGUACUCGAUCUCUCAGCCCGAGCCUCGGAUUGCCCCGUCGGUAUGGGAUUGCAAUCCUUCCAGCAUUGAUAAUCUAGUCCAAGGCAUCAGCUUCUCCCAGCCCACGUAUACAGAUCACAUGCUUGUCGGAAGCCAGUUACAGAAUACACCUGGAUCAUCACAGAACCCUUGGCAACGACUGGUGAAACGAAUGACCCGGUUCCUCACAAAGUUGAAUGCUGAACAAUCCUACCUGAGCCUGAAGGAGGUUUGUGAAAAACUGGGCUACACCUGGAAGAAAAAUUGCAACAACCAGGUGACCAUAUCAACAGUGGACAGACGGAACAACAAGCUGAUAUUCAAAGUGAAUCUGAUUGAGAUGAAUGAGAGAAUUCUGGUGGACUUUAGAUUGUCCAAGGGUGACGGUCUGGAGUUCAAAAGACACUUUGUGACCAUAAAGCACAAAUUAAAUGAUAUCAUCUACACUCAGAAGAUCCUGACGCCUCUAACCUGAUUUUAUUUUUGAGCGUUGUAUCUGCUGGGAUGAUGCUACCAGUAGUAUUGUGUAGGGUAACGGCUGAGUUACAUUAUUUGACUCGACUUGAACACACUAAAGUAGGUGCUUGUUUAUGGUUGAUCGGUAAGAGUUCAGCCCAGCCAUAAUUAACGGAGAGACUUCAAGAGAUAGAUAAUCGACUAAAGCAGCAGAGAUUAUACCUGAACAAAUUCACUCGGGUCAAUCAAAAGCAAUGCUUCUCUCUCACCCCCAUUCUGGGUCACUGUUUGAAUCUCUGCCAGCUAGCUUAAUGUAGAUUCUCUUCUUAGCAAUGUUGGGAGGCACUGUUAAAUGUCAGUCCCCAGUUAGGUGUAGGUCAAGGAUUUUCACAACCAAAGUCAAGUCAGUGGAGAGGUGGGGUUGUGACAGUGGGCCAAUAAAGUGUUUAUUACAGCAGCAUGCCCAACCUGUGGGCCACUUUGCUUCUAAAAAUGUUCUGGAAAUUUCAAGGUAAUUUUUUACAAGUAUUUAAAAAAAGAUAAUGCUUGUCCUGUCUGAGAUUGGUCUUGCCGCAGGUGUUGGGGAGAUAUUGGGCCCAAUCCAAGACCUGAUGGUUGCGAGAUCGGGCUGGUAAUUUUAGCACCAAUAUUACUCUCCUCGUCUCUCCCUCCAUCCUCCUCUCUCUCUCCCCACUCUUGCUCUGUCCCCACUCUCGCUCUCUCUCCCACUCUCUCUCUCUCUCUCCCUCCCCCUCUCUCUCUCUCUCCCCACUCUCGCUCUCUCUCUCCCCACUCUCACUCUCUCUCUCUCCCCACUCUCGCUCUCUCUCCCUCUCUAUAUAGCUCUCUCUCCCUCAGUAAAUUCUGAGCAUUGAUUAAAAUGCAGAAAUAGUUGGAUUUGAGAUCUUGUGUUUACUAUGACAUAUUUCAAUUCGAGUUUUCUACAGAUUAACAAUAGUUACCUCAUUUUCUCAAAUUGUGUAGUUUGUGAAGCCCCCACCUCUCACUGGAACGCUUAUCUGCACAGAUCAACGUAUCUGGUGACGGAGGAGCUGUUACUUUGCCAGCUGUAACAUUUCACGCAUUCCUCGGGCCAUGGCCAAUUGUGGAAUUCAUGACCAGCUUAUUUCACAUCAUAGGUAUGCAAUACUUUGUUAGCUGUAACACAUCUUAUAACUGAAUCUGAUUCCCAAUACAACAACUUAAUUUUGUCUUUGAUUUAAAACAAUUCAGCUUUUGUGGUUGAUUAGCUCCCUUUCUGUUCACUGCUGUGUAUGUGCAGCAAUAAAAUGAAGUUCCUCGAGGUAGAUAUUUGUUUAUUAACAACUCGUACUUUAAAGAAUUAAUCGGACUCAAGGGAACAGAAGAAAUGGACUAGUCAUCAGGAUUAGAUGUUAACAUAGGUAGUAUUUUAUCUAAAAUUAAUUUCCCUCUCCCAACUAGAUUUUUCUAAAUGGUUUUGUGUUCAGAUUUAAAUGAUAUGGGAAAUUCUGCUGUAACUACUUUGGAGGACUGCCUGCAUGUCACAAGAUUAUCUGUGGUCUGCAUCAAAAGUAGUGACUAGAUUCAGUUUCAGUUAAUAUACUGCCAGUACCGAGAAAACUAUAGAGACCAUAUCAACGAGGUUUGUUUGGAGCCAAGUGUUUCUGGUAAAGAGUUUAUGGAGGGUGGCACUAAAUUCCCCAAAGUUGCAAAAGAUGAAUCAUUUUCUGCAAACUAUUGAAUAAAUUAUUGGUUCCAAUAUGUUUCACUGUUGGAGUGUCGAAAUCCAAUUUCAUGUAUGUUGCCGUUUUUGAUAAAGGGUGAAAAUACAGCUGAAGGUUCCGAGUAUAAAGUUUUGAUUCCAAGAAACACACGGCUGUAGAGUACAUUGUGCUUGAUAAAUAACCUAUGUUUUUGACAAAAAUACCAUGCAAAGUAAUUAAAUAAACCUUUAAAUUGCUGGGGGUGGGUGGGGGUGUAGAUCUAUGUGUAUAAUAUUCCAACUUGGUUAGAGUUUGUGAAGUUUAUGAGAACUUGGUUUAUUGAAAUUUACAAAAGAGAUUUUAUAGAAAAAAGGUAAUCUUGAGGAUCUGGGCUUUGUAAAGAUUGUGGUGUGAACAAUCUGCUGUUCCACCACCUGAAUCAUCUCACCCAGACACUCCCUAGACUGAUAUAUAAAUGUCAAGCAUGAGAACUAUUUAGUCCAUUGGCCUAAGAGCAUACUUCAGCUGACCCUCAUUCCUUCUUAAUCCAUCUGACCACUUUGUGUUUAAUUUAGGAUCCCGGAUCAUUUCCUGGCUUGUUCUCUUUACUCUGGUGCUCUCACUUUAAAUGUUGACAUUUUCCUUUUCAAUGCUUUCUAUUUUAUCCACACAAGUUUAAUUUUACUGCUGUUUACUGGGGUUGUGUAGUUGUUCAAAAAAUUCAGGAAGAGAUUCUUGUGUAGUUUGUCAGAUGUAAUGACGUUUUGAAAUAAAAGUGCUUUUGUUGGUG